AUGAGAAAGCAAAUAUUAAGUUUUGUAUUUAGUAAAGGAUUUGUAAGAAGAAGGAAUUUAUGGUAUGUUGCAUUUGCGACUCCUUUUAUAUUAUUUUUAACUGAAUAUGAAUCACAUAAGGUAGAAUUAAUAGCAUAGUUGGCUUGGAGAUAAAGAUUUGCUUUCUCUUAAUUUAAUUCACCCUAAGUAGAAUGUAGUAAGGAAGAAUUUGCUAUAAUUGACCAUAAAAUAAAAAUGAAUACCCCAAAAUGA